AUGAGCGCAUUCAGCUUCGAAGAAACAAUCUCCGCAUUCAAAGCGCCGCCGGGCACGAAGUUGCAUAUCCUGAACUUGGGCGUCUUGAGCGUUGAUGAAGCAUGGCUGCUCGAGGGCGCAAACGGGAGCUCAGUCAGUAAUCCAAACCCGACCAACAAGCGGCGGGACCUGGGGCUUUUCGCGGCUCUCAUUGAACAUCCCGAAGAUGGACUCAUCCUGUAUGAGACCGGUUGUGCUGAAGACCUGGAUCUGAAAUGGGGAGCUCAGCGAGUCGACCUCUUCCCCAGAACCGUAUACACGGAGGCGCACACGCUCCCGGCCGCGAUCGCAGCAACAGGCAAUUCCAUCGCGGACGUGCGGGCCGUCGUCAUCGGACACCUGCACCUGGACCACGCGGGGGGCCUGGAGCACUUCAAGUCGAGCGACGUGCCCAUCUACGUGCACGAGCUGGAGUUCAAGCACGCGGCGUGGGCGGUGGCGACCAAGAGCGACGGCGGCGUCUACCUGGCCGACUACCUGUCGCUGGACACCUCGGCCGGCCUCGGCCUGAACUGGCAGACGUUCGCGGACCCGCACGUCGAGCUGUUCCGCGGCGUUUCCUUCCACCACGCGCCGGGCCAUACCCCGGGCCUUGUCGCGAUGCAGGUCAACUUGCGCCGCGACGGCACGUUCAUCUUCACGAGCGACCAUGCCAUAGUCAAGGAGAACUACCAUGAUGCCCAGCCGCAGGGAUUCCUGGCCAGGGAUCACGUGUCGUGGAUCCGCAGCUCGCAGAUGUUGAAGCGGCUGCAGCGCAGUUAUCGUGCCACGGUUGUCUUUGGUCAUGAUUUGGAUGUGGUGAAUAAGCUGUGGGCCGAGAAGAGGGUUUGGGAAUGA